CGUCCACCCCGACCCCUCACCACCACUCCUAAGAUGCCUCGCCAGUUUUUCGUCGGCGGAAACUUCAAGAUGAACCCGGGGACGCAGGAGCAGAAGAAGACGAUCGUCAAGGUUCUGAAUGAUGCGACGCUGGACCCCGCAGUCGAGGUGGUGAUCGCCCCGCCCGCGAUCUGGCUCAUCACCCUCCGCGAGAUCCUCCGCGGCGACGUCAAGGUGUCGGCCCAGAACUCAUACUUCAAAGCCUCGGGCGCGUUCACGGGUGAGAUCAGCCCCGCGCAGCUCGCGGACGCCCAGAUCCCCUACGUCAUCCUCGGCCACUCCGAGCGCCGAACGCUGUUUCACGAGACGUCCGAGCUUGUCGCGCAAAAGACCAAGGCCGCGCUGGAGGCGGGUCUCUCCGUGAUCCUCUGCGUCGGCGAGACGCUGCAGGAGCGCGAGGCGAACAAGACCGCCGAGGUCGUCCAAGCGCAGCUCAAGCCCGUCGUCGACACGCUCAAGGAGUCUGACUGGGCGAAUAUCGUGGUCGCGUACGAGCCCGUGUGGGCGAUUGGCACCGGCAAGGUCGCGACGUCGGGGCAGGCACAGGAAGCGCAUGCGGACAUCCGCGCGUACCUCGCGAAGGCGGUCUCCACCGCCGUCGCGGAGAGCACGCGCGUGAUCUACGGUGGCAGCGUCACCGCCGCGAACUGCAAGGAGCUCGCGACCCGGCAGGAUGUGGACGGUUUCCUGGUCGGCGGCGCGUCGCUCAAACCCGAGUUCGUGGACAUCAUCAAUGCGAAGAAGUCUGCGUGAGGCCCGCGAUCGCGCCAGUCUCCGGGGCGUGCACUGGCAGCUGAAACGAAGUAUAGAAAAGAUGUAAUUGUAUGUUCGCCGUCGGUUGGGCAGAAGCAGAAGCGGCAACAAUGAUAAUGAACGUAUCUCUAUUCUCUGCAUGGCCUUUCCAGUCUUGUCCAUCGACCGUCCGUCGCG